AUGGCGUCGGGCUCGGGGUCCCAUUGGGCGGGCACUGCCCAGACCCCGCCGAGACCGGAGCCCCAUCGGGCGGGCGCUGCCCAGACCCAGCCGAGACCGGAGCCCCGUCGGGCGGGCGCGGCCCAGACCCAGCCGAGACCGGAGCCCCGUCGGGCGGGCGCGGCCCAGACCCAGCCGAGACCGGAGCCCCGUCGGGCGGGCGCGGCCCAGACCCAGCCGGGAUCGGGACCCCGUCGGGCGGGCGCUGCCCAGACCCAGCCGAGACCGGGGCCCCGUCGGGCGGGCGCUGGCCAGACCCAGCCGGGACCGGAGCCCCGUCGGGCGGGCGCUGCCCAGACCCAGCCGGGACCGGAGCCCCGUCGGGCGGGCGCUGCCCAGACCCAGCCGAGACCGGAGCCCCGUCGGGCGGGCGCUGGCCAGACCCAGCCGAGAUCGGGGCCCCGUCGGGCGGGCGCUGGCCAGACCCAGCCGAGAUCGGGGCCCCGUCGGGCGGGCGCGGCCCAGACCCAGCCGAGAUCGGGGCCCCGUCGGGCGGGCGCUGGCCAGACCCAGCCGAGAUCGGGGCCCCGUCGGGCGGGCGCUGGCCAGACCCAGCCGGGAUCGGGGCCCCGUCGGGCGGGCGCGGCCCAGACCCAGCCGAGAUCGGGGCCCCGUCGGGCGGGCGCGGCCCAGACCCAGCCGAGAUCGGGGUCCCGUCGGGCGGGCGCUGGCCAGACCCAGCCGAGAUCGGGGCCCCGUCGGGCGGGCGCUGGCCAGACCCAGCCGAGAUCGGGGCCCCGUCGGGCGGGCGCGGCCCAGACCCAGCCGAGAUCGGGGCCCCGUCGGGCGGGCGCUGGCCAGACCCAGCCGAGAUCGGGGUCCCGUCGGGCGGGCGCUGCCCAGACCCAGCCGAGACCGGGGCCCCUGUGACGAAGUGGGACUGUUCUUAAUGUUUCCUCUGAAUAGUGUGGGGGUGCCUCAGUUUCCCCUAGGCAGUUCUUAAGUAUCUAGGGGGUGGGGUAAGGGUGUAUGAUCAUUGCAGAGCCCUAGAGGGCAGGUGUGUGCAGGGGUCUGGACACAGAGAAUGGCCGACACCCUGUUUCCUGGCAACUAAUGGCCUGGGCCCUUCCCCCCCUGCAAGUUGAGAGCUAAAGGGUUGGAGAACAAAGGAAUCAGGUGACCACCUGGCCCGGGAAAGGAACAAAGCCCAGAGGAGGAGGGGCUGGAGGGGGUUUUCAGUUUGGGGCUGGCUGGGACAUGGAGUGAAGUGCAGACGUGGUUGUCUGGCUCACUGCCCCCCAAAAUGGACCCAGCUGAGGGGUCCCGUUCUCUGCACCUGCAAGCUCUGUUUUAGACCAUGUUCCUGUCGUCUAAUAAACCUUCUGUUUUACUGGCUGGCUGAGAGUCACGUCUGACUGCGAAGUUGGGGUGCAGGACCCUCUGGCUUCCCCAGGAGCCCCGCCUGAGCGGACUCGCUGUGGGAAGCGCACGGAGGGGCAGAGGAUGCUGAAUGCUCCGAGGUCAGAC